UCAAAAUGGAAACCAACUACUCUAUCCCUCUGAAUGGAUCAAAUGUGGUGAUCUAUGAUUCUACCAUCUCCAGGGUUCUGUGGAUCCUCUCAAUGGUGGUUUUGUCCAUCACUUUCUUCCUUGGUGUGCUGGGAAAUGGUCUAGUGAUCUGGGUAGCUGGAUUCCGGAUGCCACACACUGUCACCACUAUAUGGUAUCUGAAUCUAGCAUUGGCUGACUUCUCUUUCACAGCAACUCUACCAUUCCUCCUUGUUGAAAUGGCUAUGAAAGAAAAAUGGCCUUUUGGCUGGUUCCUGUGUAAAUUAGUUCACAUUGUGGUAGAUGUAAACCUAUUUGGAAGUGUCUUCUUGAUUGCUGUCAUUGCCUUGGACCGCUGUAUUUGUGUGCUGCAUCCAGUCUGGGCUCAGAACCACCGCACUGUGAACCUGGCUAGAAAUGUGGUUGUUGGGUCCUGGAUUUUUGCUCUCAUUCUCACUUUGCCCCUUUUCCUCUUCUUGACUACAGUUAGAGAUGCUAGAGGGGAUGUGCACUGUAGAUUUAGCUUUGUAUCCUGGGGCAACUCUGUUGAGGAAAGGUUGAACACAGCUAUCACUUUUGUAACAACUAGAGGGAUCAUCAGGUUCAUUGUUAGCUUCAGCAUGCCCAUGUCCUUUGUUGCCAUCUGCUAUGGACUCAUCACUACCAAGAUUCACAAAAAAGCCUUUGUUAAUUCCAGCCGUCCUUUACGAGUUCUUACAGGAGUUGUGGCUUCCUUCUUUAUCUGUUGGUUUCCUUUUCAAUUGGUGGCCCUUUUAGGCACAGUCUGGCUCAAAGAGAUGCUGUUUAGUGGUAGUUAUAAAAUUCUUGGCAGGUUGGUUAAUCCAACCAGUUCAUUGGCCUUUUUCAAUAGCUGCCUCAAUCCAAUUCUCUAUGUUUUCAUGGGCCAGGAUUUUCAAGAAAGACUGAUUCAUUCCCUGUCUUCUCGUCUGCAGAGAGCUCUGAGUGAGGACUCUGGUCAUAUCAGUGAUACAAGAACCAAUUUGGCUUCACUUCCUGGAGACAUUGAAAUAAAUGCAAUAUGAGGAGGGGGCUGUGGGAUGCAUUUUGUCCCACCUUAGUCCCAUUCCACUUUUGUUUCACCAUAUGCUGUGACAAGAACAUUAUUAAUCUGAAAAGUACUUCUCUGUCCCCUGAAUUUGGGAAAAAAAGUAAAAGUCAAAGGGGCCUAG